UGUAACCAUAAUCUUGAUUUGAAAGGCAAAAAAAAAAAAACAGAGAACUUUACAGAUGGGAUAAAAAUGCAAAUGAUCCAUGAAAACUAGCUUUACACACCGGAUGGCAUCAGGUUGAAUUAAUGAACGCUUGCACUUUCAGGGUUUCAGCUCGAGUUACUGGCACGGGAGUGGACACGUCCUCGGAACUUAGGCCCAAGUGUGUCGUGAUGACUGCGUCUUGUUCUAAGAUGUGCGGAGAGCAGCUUCGGAUUAACCUGUGGUGGCGAGGAAGCUGACAGGAACAAGAGGAAGGAGAAGGGAAACAACAGUAGUGUGAAGGCAUCAUGUGGGCUGGUGCUAAGGGAGGUACUGGUAGUCCCUUUCUUCUCCCAUGAGUUGGAAGGCCACAGGGAAAAGACAAGUUCUCGAGGGCGGAUAGAAGAAGGUAAAAGAGAGAGAGAGAGAGAGAGAGAGAGAGAGAGCCAAGAAGAGGGAUGGAUGGAUGGAUGGAUGGUGGUGGUGCACUUUUGAACCACCACAUCACGGGACAUCCUUGAUGCCUUUUACAUUCUUCGCCUCCCGGCUCUCGCAGAAUCAUGCACAAAGCUGCAGCGUCCACAAGGAACAGACGAUAAAGCGGAGACACGGCACAUACAAAUCUCCACUGCCCAUCUAACUGUACCCUUUUCAUGAUUGGAUAGCGUACCGCUGUCUAAAUUCUCGGAAGCCAAACCUCUCUUCUUCCCUCUUGAAGAUCCAAAUCUCCGAUGAUUCAAGAAAAGGCCAUCUUUCUCUCGGUAGCGACUCGCUACUCGAGGCUCGAGAUCAUUGCCUUGGUUCGUUCCAGAGCUUGGCUUGUCUACUAAGUUUUCUCUAUGGUUUUGUGUCUCAGACAUCGUCAGAACUCAUGCUCAUCUCCUCAGACAUCUUUAGAACUCAUCACCUUCCCCCGUUCCAUGUGUUCUUGAGCUUACCAACUGUCAUUUCUAAGUUACUUUGAUUUGGCUACCUGUUCUCCAACCAAAGAUCGUGUCUUGCAAACAUCUGAUGAUGAACGUUACGUACCACCUUUGCCAUCUUCCCACAAGGAUGCAGUGGCAAUUCUUCCAUUGCCUGAGCCUCAGCUCCUCUUUCAGCUAGUACCCGCUAGGGCGAGCCCGGUGGUCGAAAUGGCCUUCUGCUUCCCGGUCCUGAGGCAGGGCAAGAAGAGCAGGGCCGGUUCGAUCACUUCUCCUCCUUCCUUCUCCCCCUCCUCUCCUUUUCCUUCUUCUUCUCGGUGGCCCAAGAGGAACCUCUUGCCCUCCGAAAUGGAUAUCAUGGAAAAGAAGAGGUGGGACAGCUUGGAAUCGUGGUCGAUGCUGUUGGAACCCGGGAAUGCCGAGAGCUCCGAGGCCAACGCGGGAGGGGAAAGAGAGGAAUGGAUGGCUGAUCUUUCACAGCUCUUCAUCGGCAACAAAUUUGCUUCAGGAUCCAACAGUAGGAUAUACAGAGGGAUCUACAAGCAACGGGCGGUGGCCGUGAAGAUGGUAAGGAUUCCAGAGCAGGACGAGGAGAAGCGAGCGACGCUGGAGCAGCAGUUCAAUUCCGAAGUCGCCUUCCUCUCCCGCCUUUAUCAUCCAAACGUAGUGCAGUUCAUAGCAGCCUGCAAGAAGCCUCCCGUGUACUGUAUCAUAACAGAGUACAUGUCUCAAGGAACUCUGCGGAUGUAUCUGCACAAGAAGGAGCCGUAUUCGCUGUCGACCGAAACCAUUCUCCAAUUAGCCCUCGACAUCUCUCGGGGAAUGAAGUAUCUGCAUUCGCAGGGCGUGAUUCACAGAGAUCUCAAGUCUCAAAACUUGCUCCUCAACGACGAGAGGCGAGUCAAGGUUGCUGAUUUCGGCACCUCCUGCCUGGAAACUCAGUGCCGGGAAUCCAAGGGGAACAUGGGAACCUAUCGCUGGAUGGCCCCGGAGAUGAUCAAGGAGAAACCAUACACCAGGAAGGUGGACGUGUACAGCUUCGGCAUCGUCCUCUGGGAGCUCACCACCGCUCUGGUUCCGUAUCAAGGAAUGACACCGGUGCAGGCUGCAUAUGCCGCUUCGGAGAAGAGUCUGCGACCGCCGCUGUCGACGACCUGUUCGCCUGUGCUCAAUAAUCUCAUCAAGAGCUGUUGGUCGGCGAAUCCGGCAAGGCGGCCGGAUUUCAACUACAUCGUGUCGGUGUUGGAGAAGUACGAUGAACGCCUCAAGGAAGGCCUCCCGGUUCUGGUGCAGCAGGAGCUGCGAAUCGGGAACUCCCUCUUCAAGCUCCUCAAGGGCUGCAUUGCGACCACUUCAUCCAUACCCGUGCAGGCCUGACCGCAAGGUUGAAGCGGCAGUAUGCGUCUCUCCUCCUCUCUUGCUUCAGUGUAUGACGUCUAUGAACGAUGGGUAUUGUAAUCCUGCAAUGCUGUCUUUUUGCUCCUAGUAUUCCGCAAUCAAUCCAGAAAUCAGAUGAACUGCAACUUUUCUCA